GAGCCCAAAAAUGUGAUUAAGGCUUUGAUAGAAAGAAAGAGUUGAAACAUCAUCUCUGAGAGGACCAUAGAAGGACUGACUGCAGCGACAGCAAUUAUACAUUUAACAAAAAACAGGACUUGCAAUAUCACAUUGCACGAAAGCACGUGUACAAUUACCACUACGUAUUUAUUAAUAAAAGCUGUUACAAGAAAUUCAAACUUGAAUAGGAACAGAAGAAAAACGUAAAAUAUAAUCAUUCGAAUGACUCUUAAUAAUGACGAAAAUAUAAUCAUGCUAACUCUAGUUUUUUAUAAAAGAUACACGGAUGUGCAGAAAAAUUCAAAAAUAGCCUGUACCAUCUGUGGUAAUAUCAUACACAGGUAAAGUUUAUUUAAUCGUUUACUGAUGUAUGUUGACAGGACAAUUACUUGUUCUGUUUGCAAUAAGAUAUUUAGUACGAAGGGCAGAAUGCGGAAUUCAUUCGUUGUAUCACGGGCCAACGAUCCUACUUCUGCAAGCUUUACGGCAUGGCAUUUGUCCAUUCGCAGUUUUUAUGCAGUUAUAUAGAAAGAGGAAGGAAAAAUGUUCGGAGUAACUUCCGAUCGAAUAAUAUGCUACUACAGCUGGAGGCUCAGCUCCUGCAGGCGCGGCACCAACACCAGAUCAAAUAUCGGUAAUCAGUUCUUUAACAUCGGUUCCUUCCACAACUUUGGCAACAGCCCUGGCCAGUAAGAUUCAACAUUAACAUUCGCAGCUUUCAAAAUAGUUUGUAUUUCUUCUCCCGUGCGUGAUGUGUGUACACAUGAAUGUGUGCACAUACAUGUUCAUAAUUUUCUGUGUAGACUACAAAAACGAGACAUAUGGAAGAAUUGAAGGAUGGCUAUAUGAGGAGAGAAUCGAUAGAAAGAAAACGGAACAACUUUGAAGAGCGAUCCGUGCGGCAAACGUUAAAAAAAGGGAGUAGCAUAAAAAGUGGAUAUGUCCUACGAAUGUAUUUCCUGCGGACAAAGGUUCAGUCAGAUGAAUUUCACAAAGCACCUCAUUGAGGACAAAGAAUGUUGGAUAAAAGUAUGGGACCAUGGCAACAAUAAAACCAACGAUGAGAAAAAACUGGAAAGCCAUAUACGUAUUCAUUCACAAAAACAAGAAGAAAGUAAUAUUAUAGGCCCGGAACCAUUUUUAAGCAGUAACACGUAUGGCAAACAUUCCAGCACAAGCAGCGGCAUUCAAGAGCGCAAAAAUAUACUUUACGAAUAUGACGAUUACAACCAAAAGUUUUGUACAGAGAAUGAGUUGACGAAUCACUUAACGCAGAAACACAAAGGUGUAAUGCACCAAUGCGAUCAUUGCAACUACGAAUUCAACGAUGAGAAACAUCUGAUGAGCCACAUACGAUGUGUUCAUCCAAACAUCCAGGAGGUAACUAAUAGUGCGAAGCCGGGGCCUUCUUGGGAGGAUGAUCAGUGCGGCAAACAUUCUAACAGAAAUAGUUGCAUUGAAAACAAUAGGCCUUACGAAUGUGAUGUGUGUGACCAAAGGUUUCAUAAAAGAUAUGGAUUAAUAUAUCACUACAAGAAUGCCCACCGACGUUUAAUGUACCAAUGUGAACAUUGCAUAUACGGAACUAACGAUGAAGAAGAUAUGAAGAGCCACAUACGUGAUCAUUCUAACAACCAAGAAGAAAGCAUUAUUAUAGACCCGGAACCGUCUUUGGAGAAUGACCCGGGCGUCAAACAUUCCAGGGAAAACAGCUGCAUUGAAAACAUGCUUCACGAAUAUGAUGUUUGCAACCAAAAGUUCCGCCAAAUUAAUGAGGAGCAUCUGAAGAGCCAGGUACAAUGUGUUCAUCCUAACAUCCAGGAAGAAAAUAAUAGUGCAGAGCCGGGACCGUCUUGGGAGAGUGUCCCGGGCGUCAAACAUUCUAAGACAAACAGCUGCAUUGAAAACAUGCUUCACGAAUAUGAUGUUUGCAACCAAAUGUUCCGUGAAAUUAAUGAGGAGCAUCUGAAGAGCCAGGUACAAUGUGUUCAUCUUAACAUCCAGGAAGAAAAUAAUAGUGCAGAGCCGGGACCGUCUUGGGAGAGUGUCCCGGGCGUCAAACAUUCUAAGACAAACAGCUGCAUUGAAAACAUGCUUCACGAAUAUGAUGUUUGCAACCAAAAGUUCCGUGAAAUUAAUGAGGAGCAUCUGAAGAGCCAGGUACAAUGUGUUCAUCCUAACAUCCAGGAAGAAAAUAAUAGUGCAGAGCCGGGACCGUCUUGGGAGAGUGUCCCGGGCGUCAAACAUUCUAAGACAAGCAGCUGCAUUGAAAACAUGCUUCACGAAUAUGAUGUUUGCAACCAAAAGUUCCGUGAAAUUAAUGAGGAGCAUCUGAAGAGCCAGGUACAAUGUGUUCAUCCUAACAUCCAGGAAGAAAAUAAUAGUGCAGAGCCGGGACCGUCUUGGGAGAGUGUCCCGGGCGUCAAACAUUCUAAGACAAACAGCUGCAUUGAAAACAUGCUUCACGAAUAUGAUGUUUGCAACCAAAAGUUCCGUGAAAUUAAUGAGGAGCAUCUGAAGAGCCAGGUACAAUGUGUUCAUCCUAACAUCCAGGAAGAAAAUAAUAGUGCAGAGCCGGGACCGUCUUGGGAGAGUGUCCCGGGCGUCAAACAUUCUAAGACAAACAGCUGCAUUGAAAACAUGCUUCACGAAUAUGAUGUGUGCAACCAAAAGUUCCGUGAAAUUAAUGAGGAGCAUCUGAAGAGCCAGGUACAAUGUGUUCAUCCUAACAUCCAGGAAGAAAAUAAUAGUGCAGAGCCGGGACCGUCUUGGGAGAGUGUCCCGGGCGUCAAACAUUCUAAGACAAACAGCUGCAUUGAAAACAUGCUUCACGAAUAUGAUGUUUGCAACCAAAUGUUCCGUGAAAUUAAUGAGGAGCAUCUGAAGAGCCAGGUACAAUGUGUUCAUCUUAACAUCCAGGAAGAAAAUAAUAGUGCAGAGCCGGGACCGUCUUGGGAGAGUGUCCCGGGCGUCAAACAUUCUAAGACAAACAGCUGCAUUGAAAACAUGCUUCACGAAUAUGAUGUUUGCAACCAAAAGUUCCGUGAAAUUAAUGAGGAGCAUCUGAAGAGCCAGGUACAAUGUGUUCAUCCUAACAUCCAGGAAGAAAAUAAUAGUGCAGAGCCGGGACCGUCUUGGGAGAGUGUCCCGGGCGUCAAACAUUCUAAGACAAACAGCUGCAUUGAAAACAUGCUUCACGAAUAUGAUGUUUGCAACCAAAAGUUCCGUGAAAUUAAUGAGGAGCAUCUGAAGAGCCAGGUACAAUGUGUUCAUCCUAACAUCCAGGAAGAAAAUAAUAGUGCAGAGCCGGGACCGUCUUGGGAGAGUGUCCCGGGCGUCAAACAUUCUAAGACAAACAGCUGCAUUGAAAACAUGCUUCACGAAUAUGAUGUGUGCAACCAAAAGUUCCGUGAAAUUAAUGAGGAGCAUGUGGAGAGCCAGUUACAAUGUGUUCAUCCAAACAUCCAGGAAGAAGAUAAUAGUGCGGAGCCGGGACCGUCUUGGGAGAGUGAUACGUAUGGCAAACAUUCCAGCAGAAACAGCUGCAGUGAAAACAAUAUGCCUUACGAAUGUACUGUUUGCAACCAGAGGUUUUAUAGAACGUUAACUUUGACAAAUCACUACAAGAAUGUCCACCAACGUUUAAUGCCCCAUUGUGAACAUCGCGCCUACGAAACCAAUGAUAAAAAUCUGAAGGACCACGUACGACGCGUUUAUCCUAAUGUCCAGAAGGAAAGUAAUAGUUCAGAGCCGGGACCGUCUCGCGAGAGUGAGCCCUGCGCCAAAUAUACCAGCAUAAAUAAUAACAAAAAAAAGUACAAAUUAGAUUGGAAAUGUCAAGUUUGUAAUCAAGAGCACUCUGGCAACCAAAAGUUGAUGCAUCACCUAGCAGAAGUCCAUGGAAUUCAGGCAAAAUUCAAUUGUAGCCAAUGCAACUACAAAACCCACUUCUACUAUAUUUAUCAUCGUCAUUGGAAAGCAAUGCAUGAAGACAAUUACGACUACCCGUGUACUGAACCCGGCUGUGAACGGGCGUACAAGACACGAACAGGUCUGCAGAAACACAUGCGUGAUAAGCAUUCUAACGAACAAGAGAAAAGCAAUAUUGUGGACCUGAAACUGUCUUCAGAGAGUCAUCCGUGCGGCAAACAUUCCACCAGAAAGAGCAGUGUUGAAAAGUACGCAAAAAAACCUGUACUAUGCCCAGUCUGCAACCGAAGGUUUCGUUUUCAGAAAGAGCUGAUAGAUCACUUAAUAAAAGACCACGGCCGUCGAACGAUAUUCAACUGCAUCCAUUGCAGCUAUGCAACUAAUAACAGGCAAAGCUAUAAAAAGCAUAAUAAACGAAUGCACGAGGACAAUUACGACUACGUGUGUAGUGUGCCCAACUGUAACUGGGAGGGCAAAGUUCAAUGUGAUCUAACACAACACAUGCAACGUGUUCAUCAUAAUAAUCAAAAGAAAAGCGGAAGUACGAACGCGGAGCCGUCCUUCGAGAAUGACUCAAGAAUCAAACAAUCCAGAAUAAGGAAUAAACAGCAAUAAAGAGCCCAAAAAUGUGAUUAAGGUUUCGAUAGAAAGAAAGAGUUGAAACAUCAUCUCUGAGAGGACCAUAGAAGGACUGACUGCAGCGACUGCAAUUACACAUCUAACAAAAAACAGGACUUGCAAUAUCACAUUGGACGAAAGCACGUGUACAAUUACCACUACGUAUUUAUUAAUAAAAGCUGUUACAAGAAAUUCAAACUUGAAUAGGAACAGAAGAAAAACGUAAAAUAUAAUCAUUCGAAUGACUCUUAAUAAUGACGAAAAUAUAAUCAUGCUAACUCUAGUUUUUUAUAAAAGAUACACGGAUGUGCAGAAAAAUUCAAAAAUAGCCUGUACCAUCUGUGGUAAUAUCAUACACAGGUAAAGUUUAUUUAAUCGUUUACUGAUGUAUGUUGACAGGACAAUUACUUGUUCUGUUUACAAUAAGAUAUUUAGUACGAAGGGCAGAAUGCGGAAUUCAUUCGUUGUAUCACGGGCCAACGAUCCUACUUCUGCAAGCUUUACGGCAUGGCAUUUGUCCAUUCGCAGUUUUUACGCAGUUAUAUGGAAAGAGGGAGAAAAAUGUUCGGAAUAACUUCCGAUCGAAUAAUGUCAGUAGAUAUUGAAGCAUUAUUGCAAAACUUCUAGAUGGACAAGCGAUAAACAGGCUGUCGAAUUAAGCGUAUAAAAAGCAUAAAAAACAGUGGUGAAACAGUUUAUGCUUCAGCUUCCACACACUCGCUCAAACUUACAUCUUGAAACGCACAUAUGAGCUCAUGCGUGCACACGCACAUAAGAUAUCCGCAUUUAGAAAAUAUUCGAGAGGGAAUUUCUUUGUAGAAUUAUAUUUUUGCCCUUUUUGAAUUGUGGUUUUGUUCCUGGACAUAUAUUCGCAAUAGUUCUAUAUUUUCUAUACUUUCUUAUACAC